UUAUACCCAUCUUCGGAAGAACUCUAGAGCGGCCAUUUGUCCCUCGGCCCUUGUAAUCACCUCCAAACCAAGUCCCAACAACAUUGUUUUCCACACUUGCAUGUCUUGUUUGUAGCUAUAUUACACCAAAAACUACAAGAAAACCUUGCAAUGCCCAAAUCUCAAGCAAGGAAAGGAUGGAGGACAUGAUGAAGAUGAACAUGCAGAUGAACUUCCACUGGGGAAAUGAGGCUACAAUCCUAUUCAAAGGCUGGCCUAACGAAAGCACUGGCAUGUACAUAUUGGCUUUACUGUUUGUGUUUGUGCUAGCCUUUGCUAUGGAAACUUUGUCUGCCUGGCCCGUUGUCAAACCUAGCAUGAACCCGAUUGUGGCGGGGAUCACUCAUGCGUCCAUUUACGCUGUUCGAAUUGGCAUGGGGUACUUGGUCAUGCUCGCUGUCAUGUCAUUCAACGCCGGAAUCUUCAUAGUCGCUGUGGCAGGCCACACCUUCGGGUACUUUAUAGUCAAGGCCAGUGCUCUUGUUCUUGCCAAACCAGCUGCUUCCCCAGCCUAGUUGAAAUUUGAUUUUGUUAUGCCUAGUUGAUGAUCUGAUUUAGUUUUACCUUUUGUCAAUGAAUAGUUUUACCUUUAAUAUUUCAAGAAAAUAGCUUUGAUUCAUCAUUUGUGAGGCUAAUUAAGCAAACAAUUG